UGGGCUUUCCAUUCCUCUCUUCCAUUUUAUUCGAAGUUUCGAUUUUGCUUUGUUCUGUGUCGGAUUUGAUUUAGGGUUUCCAAGAUAUUGGAGGCCAUGGAGAAGGAACUGCUGGAGGCGUUCAAAGACGUCACAAAGGCCUCCGACGCCGCGAAAUCGGGUGACUGUGGCGCCGAGGAAAGUCGGUGCCUUGAGGCCUCGGACCGCCUCAAGAAUUUUCCCAUCUCUUAUAAACUCCUCGUCUCAACCCAAGUUGGGAAGCGUCUUAGGAAUCUCACGAAACAUCCUAGGAAGAAAAUCCAGACUUUUGCGCUUGGCCUGAUGGAGGUGUGGAAAAAGAUCGUCAUCGACGAAACAACGAAAAACAACGUGAAGAAUGGCCAGCAUGAUAGGAAAGAUUGUCCUGUAAAGCGUGAGGCUUCGGCUCCCGACAGCCCCAGGCCUCAGAAGAUUCAGAAAUCAGGAGCUGUGAAGAUGGAGAGGGUCCCCAGGGCUGAAAAGUUUGAGAAAGCUUCCUCACCGGAGAAUGUCAACCUUGAAAAGGUAACCGGAGAAGUGAAAAAGAAACAUGUGUCCGGUCCCCCAAAGUUGACAUCUAUGCCGAAGUCUAAUGAUCAAGCAAGGGACAAAGUAAGGGGAUUCCUGCAUGAGGCAUUGUCCAAGGUUGCCCAGGAGUCCGGGGAAAAUGAAAGAUUUGCGAAGUUGGUGAAUGCAUGCGACCCUAUCAGAGUUGCUGUUACAGUGGAGUCUGUGCUGUUUGGGAGCUGGGGUGGUUCCAAUGGGUCUCAAAAACAUAAGUACAGAUCACUAAUUUUUAACCUCAGGGACCAAAAUAACCCAGACUUUCGCAGAAAAGUUCUUAUGGGAGAUAUCAAGGCAGAGAGGCUGGUAGACAUGUCCACAGCUGAAAUGGCCAGUGAUGAGAGGCAACUAUAGAUUGA